GCUUCUGCUCCUGGAGAUGGCGGCCGAGCGGCACGGUGCCUUCGCCGCCGUGCCGCCCAGCGCCCAGCGGCAGACCGGCAGCAUCCCGGGAGACUUCAUCAUCGGCGCCCUCUUUCCCGUGCACCAGUCACCGGACGCCAAGAACGCGCAGACGCGCACCUGUGGAGAGGUCCGCGAGCACUACGGCAUCCAGCGCGUGGAAGCCUCUCUGCACACCAUCGACGACAUCAACCGCAGCGACACCCUGCUUCCCAACGUGACGCUGGGCAUCGAGAUCCGCGACUCGUGCUGGUAUUCGCCCACGGCUCUGGAACAGAGCAUCGAGUUCAUCCGGGACGCAAUCAGCGCCCAGGAGACUAGCGGCGGCGGCGGAGCGAACGUCACCGAAUUGCCCGCCGUCUGUCCCAAGGGCCCGGCGAGGCGCGUCAAAAACUUAGUGGGCGUCAUAGGACCUGGCUCGUCGGCCGUCACCAUACAGGUGCAGAACCUGCUGCAGCUGUUCAACAUUCCGCAGAUCGGCUACUCUGCCACGUCGCGGCAGCUGAGCAACAAGCAAUUCUUCAAGUACUUCCUGCGCGUGGUGCCUUCCGACCAGUACCAGUCGCAGAUGAUGGUCGACACGCUGCUCAUGUACAACUGGACCUACAUCUCCACCGUCAACACGGAAGGCAACUACGGCUACAACGGCAUCGACGAGUUCACCAGUCGUGCCAAGGACGCCGGCAUCUGUGUGGCCAACUCGCACGCCAUUCCAACGGAUGCGGACGAUGAGGACUAUAAUGCGGUGGUGCGCAGCAUCGACAAGUUUGGCACAGCCAAAGUGGUGGUCUGCUUCUGCGAAGGUUUCACCGUGCAAGCGCUUAUCAACGCCACCGCCAGGCUCAAGGUCGCCGGGAAAUACAUCUUCUUCGGCAGCGACGGCUGGUCCGACCGCCAGGACGUGGUCAAGAACCAGGAGAAGGCGUCCGUCGGGAGCCUCUCGAUCCGAUUUCACGCCAACUACGACCACGCCUUCGAUCACUACUACUUCGGCCUGAAUCCGUUCACCAACACGCGGAACCCUUGGUUCAAGGAGUUCUGGGAAGUGCGAUUCAACUGCUCACUGGGUGUCGGUCCGGGCUCGGCACGCUACAAUAGAACGUGCACGGGCAAGGAAGACCUAAGAGAGGGCCACAAGCAGGACACCAAAGUGGAGUUUGUGAAAAAGUCCAUAUACACCAUGGCGUAUGGCCUACACAACAUGCAACGCGACCUCUGUCCCAACACGUCCGGCGUGUGCCCCGCCAUGGUGCCCGUCAACGGCUCCGUCUUCUUGCAGUACCUGAUGAACGCCACAUUCGCGUGGAACAACGAGACGGUUUUCUUCCACGAGAACGGAGACCCCCCAGGACGGUAUGACCUGAUGAACUACCAACAACUGGGUGAGCACCACUACGACUAUGUACAGGUUGGUUCGUGGGUCAACGGCGAGCUCACAAUGACCCGAGACGUGCAGUGGCACCGAGCACAACGCACCGCACCGCCAAUCUCCAUUUGCUCGCUGCCCUGCGAAAAGGGAAAAGUCAAGAGUAUUCACUCGGAAACGAUGAAGUGUUGCUGGAACUGCGUGGCCUGCAAAGAGAACCAGUACGUCAAGGACGAGUACACCUGCCUGGACUGCGAGAGGGGCUGGUGGCCUAAUGAGAACCUCACGGGUUGUGUUCGUAUUCCCGAGGAAUACAUCCACUGGACUGACAGCCAGUCGUUGGCGGCCAUGAGCAUAGCCAUCCUUGGCCUGAUGGCCACGCUGGCUGCCAUGAUCAUCUUCAUCCGUCACAACGACACGCCCGUGGUGAAGAGCUCGACGCGCGAACUGUCCUACAUCAUACUGAUCGGCAUGUUCCUCUGCCAUGGAACCACGUUCGCCCUGCUGGCCAAGCCCAGCGCACUCACAUGCUUCAUCACACGAGUGCUCCCCGGUCUCAGCUUCGCCAUGAUAUACGCGGCGCUCGUCACCAAGACCAACCGGAUCGCAAGAAUCCUGGCCGGCUCCAAGAAGAAGAUCAUUACCAAGAAGCCCCGCUUCAUGAGCGCCACCGCCCAGGUGGUCAUCACGUGGCUGCUCAUCUCCGUCGAGGGGGCCAUCAUCGGCGCCAUGGUGGUGCUCGAGCCGCCCGACUCCAUGUUCGACUACCCGGCACUGGACCGCGUCAAGCUCAUCUGCAACACCACCACGCUGGGCAUAAUCGCUCCGCUGGGCUUCGACUUCUUUCUCAUCGCCAUGUGCACGGUGUACGCCGUGAAGACGCGCAACGUGCCGGAGAACUUCAACGAGGCCAAGUUCAUUGGCUUCACAAUGUACACGACUCUAGUGAUAUGGGCCGCGUUCGUGCCCAUCUACUUCGGCAGCAAGCACAAGGUCAUCACGCUCUGCCUCUGCAUCAGCUUCUCGGCCGAGGUCGCCCUGGUGCUGCUUUUCAUGCCCCGCGUCUACAUCAUCCUCUUCCGGCCGGACAAGAACAACCGCAGCGCCUUCACCACGGCCAAAGACGUGCGAUGCCACAUUGGCUACAUGAACUCAAACAUGGCCACGGCCACUGCCUCGGGUGCCUCGGCCGUUUCCAGGAACUCGUCGCACUCCACGUCAGAGUUCUCCAUGGAAUCACCCAGAAACCACACCGCAGAGACAGUCAUCAAACCGCCGCCGACACGAACCAAGAGCCUCAACUUGCUGGAGCGUUUCCGGGCGAGCAAGCAGGACCGCAUCGCAGCCAGCGUAGCCCAGCACAUCCGGGCCGUGCGAGCCGCCGAGGCGCUCGACCGACGCACGCACCUGCGGCACUCAGUCGAGCCGCUGUUCGGCACCACAACCAAGGUGCCCGCGCAGCGCACCUCCUCCGACUCGCCUCCCGGCGCCCACGAGCGCCGUAGGCUGGUGCAGCAGCAGAUCGCGUACGGCGCCGCGUCGGCCUCGAAGCGCGAGGUCUCCUGCCAGACGACGGACGACCUGGUCGAAAUGUGGAUGCCCUGCCUUCGCAGGCGCAUCGCGCGCUCCGAGACGCUCAUGUCGACCUUGUCGCCCGACGACGAAGACGACGUGGCGCCCGGUCUCCGACACCGGAAGCUAUGCCGUCACGUGCCCUCCGUUAGCGACGACGAGGUUCUGGACGUCGUGUUCCGCGGCGGUAGCUCGCAGCAGCAGCAUCACCACCACCUACCGGGCGGCUCGGUCCGGUACGGUCGCAGCGUUUCCAGCAGCGGCUGGUGCUUCAGCGGCCUUCAAGAGCGACGAGUCCCUGCUGGAAGGCGCUUCCUCGAUCGUUGAGGAGAGCGCCAGCAGCGGCAGUGAGGACGCCGCCGUCUACAAGAACAUUAUCAUCAGUCUCGGAAGCCCCGACGCGGUGCGAGUGCGUCAGACUCCAGCAUCUCCGGUGAUAACGCCCCGUCGCGGCAGUAGCGGUGCCAGAAGCAUAAAUAGCGGCGAAGACGCCAUGGCCGCUGCGUCGACGUCUUCGUCCCCGUGGGCUGAAGUGUCGGCCCAACUACUGCUCAGGUCGUACAAUGGCAAUGCUCAAGGGACCGGCCAACAGCCUUCGUACUGGGCCGGCCCAUCGACAGGAUGCUCAGGCCAAGAACGCUUCGGCAAGUGAAUGGUUCGGCUUUCUCUUCGAUGCCCCUUACUGCUGUGGCUGGAACAGUCGCCAUUUCAAGGUACCACCGAGUGGUUUGCAGAAUAGGGGUUUGUUUGUUUUCUACUUCGGUGAACGUGUCUCCCCCGGCGCUUCCUGAUAUUCCGGUGAAACUUUUCUAUCU